AGGAGGCUGCGCCGCGCGCGCCGCGCCGGGGCGGGAGCCGGGCCUGGGUCGCGGGCCGGAGCCGGCCGGGGGCGCCCGGGAGCCGCGGCGAUGGCGGUGCAGGCGGCGCUCCUCAGCACGCACCCCUUCGUCCCCUUCGGCUUCGGCGGCUCCCCGGACGCGCUGGGGGGCGCCUUCGGAGCCCUGGACAAGGGCUGCUGUUUCGAGGAGGAUGAGCCCGGGCCCCCGGCGGGCGCGCUGCUGGCGGGCGCCGAGGGCGGGGACGUGCGCGAGGCCACCCGCGACCUGCUCAGCUUCAUCGACUCGGCGUCCAGCAACAUCAAGCUGGCGCUGGACAAGCCCGGCAAGUCCAAGCGGAAGGUGAACCACCGCAAGUACCUGCAGAAGCAGAUCAAGCGCUGCAGCGGCCUCAUGGGCGCCGCGCCCCCCGGGCCGCCGUCCCCGGGCGCAGCCGACGCGCCGGCCAAGCGGCCGCUCGGCGCCGCGGGCGCGCAGACCGUCGCGGGGCCGCCCCCCGGCAAGGCCGCCCCCCGGCGGGAGGCGUCGCAGGCCGCGGCCGCCGCCGCCAGCCUGCAGAGCCGGAGCCUGGCCGCGCUCUUCGACUCGCUGCGCCACGUCCCUGCGGGCGACGAGCGGCCCGGGGCCUCGGGGGCGGCGCCCGCGGCGGCGCUGGGCGCGGCGGGCGCCGGCGGCUCGGGAGGGGACGCGGCCGGCCCCGCGGGCGGGACGGCGGGCCCCGGCGCCAGGAAGGUCCCGCUGCGGGCCCGCAACCUGCCGCCGUCCUUCUUCACGGAGCCGUCCCGGGCGGGCGGCGGCCGCGGCCCGUCGGGGCCCGGCGUGAGCUUGGGCGACCUGGAGAAGGGCGCGGACGCCGUGGAGCUCCUGGAGCUGCUGGCGCCCGACUACGGCGCCGGGGCCGGGCCCGGGGUCGGGGCCGGGGCCGGGGCCGGGGCCGAGGCGGGCGUGCUGCUCGCCGCCGAGCCGCUCGAGGUGUUCCCCGCGGGCGCCGCCGUGCUGCGGGGCCCCCCGGAGCUGGAGCCCGGGCUGUUCGAGCCGCCCGCCGCGGCGGUGGGGGGCCUCCUGUACCCCGAGCCCUGGAGCGCCCCCGGCGGCCCGCCCGCCAAGAGGCCGCCCCUGGCCGCCCCCCGCGGCGGCGUGCCCUCGAACGAGCCCUUGCGCCCCCCGUACCCCGCCGCCGCGGACUGCCCGGGCGGGGAGGGCGCGCCCGGCCUGCUGGCGUCCUUCGCCCCCUUCUUCUCGGACUGCGCGCUCCCCCCGCCGCCGCCGCCGCCGCCGCCGCCGCCGCCGCCUCAGGUGUCCUACGAGUACGGCGCGGGCUACGGCCGCUCGGCUUACUCGGGCCUCUGGAGACCGGACGCGGCGUGGGAAGGGGCGCCCGGGGAGGAGGGGGCGCCGCGGGACUGAGGGGGUGGCGCGCUCCCGGCCCCGCGCCUCUCCCCGGCGUCUGCACGGCGGUAGCGCGCCCGCCGAGAGGAAGCGGGAUCUAAAGAUGUUCACUUCAUGAGAGAAACUUGAGCGGAAGAGACGAAGAGGGGCCGGGGCUGUUCUCAUCACAGCCUCAAGCGUCUGAAGCAAAGCAAAAAAGCCGUCGGUAGGUUCUCACCGGACCGGACAACCAGGAAACCAAGCCGGGCGUCGGGCGUCGGGCGUCGGGCGUCGGGC